AGCUCCAUCACCCACUCUGAACCAGGGCCUGCAACAAUGUCCUCCAUAGAGAGAAACGUAAAGGACACUUGAUCUCACAGUCCUUGGAAUUAUUUCCAGGAAACACUUGCAGAAGCCGUUUGGGAGUACCAGUUCCCUGGCAGCACGCUUGCUCAGCGACGGCCAGGAAAUGAGCGCUUCUUUGAAUUACAAGUCUUUCUCCAAAGAGCAGCAGACCAUGGAUAACUUGGAAAAGCAACUGAUCUGUCCCAUCUGCCUAGAGAUGUUCACAAAGCCCGUCGUCAUUCUCCCCUGCCAACACAAUCUGUGUAGGAAAUGUGCCAGUGACAUCUUCCAGGCCUCUAACCCAUACUUACCCACAAGAGGAGGCACUACGGUGGCAUCAGGGGGUCGAUUCCGCUGUCCCUCCUGCAGACACGAGGUGGUGUUAGACAGACACGGGGUUUAUGGACUUCAGAGGAACCUGCUGGUGGAAAACAUUAUCGACAUCUACAAGCAGGAAUCUACCAGGCCAGAAAAAAAGUCCGACCAGCCCAUGUGUGAAGAGCACGAGGAGGAACGGAUCAACAUCUACUGUCUGAACUGCGAGGUGCCCACCUGCUCCCUGUGCAAAGUGUUUGGCGCCCACAAGGACUGCCAGGUGGCUCCCCUUACCCAUGUGUUCCAGAGGCAGAAGUCUGAACUCAGCGAUGGCAUCGCUGUACUUGUGGGAAGCAACGAUCGAGUCCAGGGAGUGAUCAGCCAGCUGGAGGACACCUGUAAAACUAUUGAGGAAUGCUGCAGGAAGCAGAAGCAGGACCUGUGUGAGAAGUUUGAUUAUCUAUAUGGCAUCCUGGAAGAGAGGAAGACUGAAAUGACCCAAGCCAUCACCCGAACACAAGAGGAGAAACUGGAGCAUGUCAGAGCUCUUAUCAGAAAGUACUCUGAUCACUUGGAGAACGUAUCAAAGCUGGUGGAGUCAGGGAUCCAGUUCAUGGAUGAGCCGGAAAUGGCAGUGUUUCUGCAGAAUGCCAAGACCCUAUUACAAAAGAUCGCGGAAGCAUCCAAGGCAUUUCAGAUGGAGAACGUAGAACAAGGCUAUGAGAUCAUGACCCACUUCACAGUCAACCUCAAUAGAGAAGAAAAGAUUAUACGUGAAAUUGAUUUUUACAGAGAAGAGGAAGAUGAAGAGGAUGCAGGAGAAAUAGAAGACGAAGGAGAAGGAGCAGAUGCAGCAGAAGGAGAAGAGGUAGAAAGCGUUCAAAUAGAGUCAUCAGGGGAAGAGGAAAGCCUGGAAAAAGCCUCAGAGCCCUCUCAGCCCUCCUCAGAGCUCCAGGCUGCCUCUGGGCCACUCCUUACUUCCUCUCCAGAACCGCCUUCAUCCAUGGCACCUGCUGCAGAUGUCCCGGUGACACAGGGGGAGGUGGUGCCCAUUGGCUCUCAGCAAACCACACAGUCUGAAACUCCAGGCCCUUCAGCAGCGGAAACCACGGAUCCCUUGUUUUACCCUAGUUGGUAUAAAGGCCAAAACCGGAAAACCAUCUCCAACCCACCUUGCACCCCUGGGAGUGAAGGUCUGGGACAAAUAGGGCCUCCUGGUGCUGAGGAUUCCAGUGUGCAGUCGGCAGGAGUGGCAGAAGCCGCAGCCAAUGAGCAGGCAGCAGUGAGUGGUAAGGAAUCUAGUUCACCUGCAGCUACCUCUCAGAUUGGAUGUGAGGCCCCUUCUCCCCAGGGACAGGCAUCAGCCUCGGGGAGUGGGGGUGGGGCAGAUUCGGAGCCAUCUCGACAUGUCUUCUCCUUCUCCUGGUUGAAUUCCCUGAAUGAAUGAUAUUUAUUCCUGCUGCUGCCCCUGGCGGCCUGGGUGAGAUGCGCACCAGGCAAUGGGGAACGUCCAUGACGCUUAUGAAUGGGACCUCUGGACAGGAUUUCUGAAAGAAAAAACAAUAAUAAACCUUUAAUUCCAGAUGGCUUAUUUAACUUGUAGAGAAAAUUAAUAUUCUCGGGAAAAAAUUGCAGAAAACACUGAUGUAAAGAAACCUGAUCUUAUGCAAAUCUUUUAUUUUGUGGGAAACAUUCUGAAGUCUCUGUAGGUGUGGUACAUGUGUGUAUGACAACUAUAAGUGACAAGUGUUAACAAAGUGGACACUACACUGCACUCAUCUGUGGGCACUGGCUUCUUGUUAUUUUAGCACAGGUGUUUUUGCUUUUCUCCUUAGCAUCGCCCGGUAGUUGGUGACAUUCAGUGUCCGUACAGAACUGACCGAUUUAUCAACAUAUAGGCACGAGAUAGGUCAUUGACCAAGGCUAAGAAGAGCUCUACAGAAGUAUUCUCUGAAUUUGGUCACAUUUCUGUAGUCUAGAAGGCCAAUGGUCUAGGGCAUGUCUUUUGACAUUUUCUAAUCCUAAUCACAUAUCUCAUAAUCUUAUAUUCAUAUAUUGGGUAUUUUGAUUGAAGACUUUCUGAAGAGAACUGUCGACUUUCUUAUGUGGCCACCAUAGCAGAAAUUUGUACUGUGGGACAACUGCAUGUAUUUAAAUAUAUACACAACCCCCAUCUAAUCUAUCUAUCAUCUAUCACUGUGAUACCUUCAUCACAUAAGUGUAACUUUAAGUGAACUCUUAAAUAAAUGUUGUUUUUAAAAA